AUGUUGCCCCGACCUUUAUCACAGUUCACCAUGCGGCUCUUAUUUAGUUUAAUGGUAAUGGCGUAUGCUGUAGAGGCGGCAAAAAAAUUUGAAGGGACUCUGAGAUCAGCGGCUGAUGCUCCACCCCAAGACAAUCUAGCAGUAGAAACUGGAUCAGAUGAGCCCGUUGUUGUGGCUGCCCCUGAAGAAUAUACCAAUCCAGGGGCACCUCCACCUUCAAAGCCUGCAUCCGAAGAACCUGAAGAGCCAGCGUCAGCACCAGAAACUGCGUCAGGAGGUAUACCCCCUUCUGCACCGAGUGGAAUAUCAGCCCCAUCCGCACCAGCCAACUCUCUUGAAGAGUGUGACUCGGAAAAAAUUGGAUUUGAACUCGUUACUGGAUACGUGUUUUCGGCACCCUCACACAUUCUCGAUGACAUCCCUGGUACACUAAUGCUUACUGAUUGCCUCGAGCAAUGCCAGGCCAACGACACCUGUCGCGCAGUUAACUAUGAGACGGGACUUUGCGUACUGUUCAGCUCUGACGCCGACCAACUACCAGGAGCCCUGACCAAAUCACAAUUCCCUGUAUUCACGAUUUACGCUCAGAAGUCCUGUUUGGGAGUGAAACCGUGUGAACGCGCAUGGUGCUUUGAUCGUGUUCGUGGAUAUAACCUUAAAGGAUUUGGCAAGAGGACCCAUAUCGUCGAAUCAAGACAAAUGUGCCUUGAUCUGUGCUUAGGUGAAAAUGAAUUUGUCUGCAGAUCGGCGAACUAUAACAAUAAAACGGGUGAAUGCGUUCUGUCGAACAUGGAUCGUAUCACUUUGGCUGGUACUAGCUCUUUCCAACCAAAUGAAGAUGUCGAUUAUUUGGAGAAUAAUUGCGUGGAAGAACCAACAAAGCUUUGCGAGUUUAAAAAGAUGAGCGGUCGUAUUCUAAAGACAGUCGACUCUGUAUAUCAGGAUGUUCAAACAGUUGAAGAAUGUCGAGAACUAUGCCUUAAUUCACCUUUCCGGUGCCAUUCCUAUGACCAUGGAGAUACCGGCGAUCAUGUUUGUCGUUUGUCUCACCAUUCUAAAGCUACUCUUGCUGACAUUCAGGAUCCAUACUUGGAGGUACCCGAAGCUGCUACUUUUGAAUUAUCUUCGUGCUACAACGUGUCUAUUGACUGUCGCGCAGGCGAUAUGGUAGCUCGUAUUCAAACCUCAAAAUUAUUUGAUGGUAAAAUAUAUGCUAAGGGAAGCCCCAACUCUUGUGUAGUUGACGUGAAACAAAGUCUUGAAUUCGAAUUGCAUAUGGGAUAUAAUAACAUCGAGUGCAACGUCAAACAAAAUGGACUUGGCAGAUAUUUGAACGACGUAGUCAUUCAACAUCAUGACACUAUCGUUACAUCUUCUGAUCUGGGAUUAGCAGUAACAUGUCAAUACGACCUGACUAAUAAAACGGUAGCGAAUGAAGUCGAUCUCGGCAUUCACGGUGACAUUCCCACAGGAAUUUCAGAAGAGGUCAUUGUCGAUUCACCGAACGUGGCUAUGAGAAUUACAGACAGAAGUGGUGAUGACACUAUCGCUUCUGCUGAAGUUGGAGAUCCAUUGGCCCUUCGUUUUGAAAUUAUGGAUCAAAAUUCACCCUUCGAAAUUUUCGUUCGAGAGCUUGUUGCUAUGGAUGGUGUCGACUCCAGUGAGAUUACGCUUAUCGACAGCGACGGUUGCCCAACUGAUCAUUUCAUUAUGGGUCCCUUGUACAAAUCGAAUUUAAGUGGAAAGACGCUGCUUUCACACUUUGAUGCUUUCAAGUUUCCAUCAUCAGAAGUUGUUCAAUUCCGUGCUUUAGUCACACCUUGUAUGCCUACUUGUGAACCCGUCAUAUGCGACGGUGGACCUAAUGAACUUCGAUCUGUCAUGUCUUACGGACGCAGGAAGAGACGUUCGACUCCAGCAGCGCCUACUGACGAUAUGCUCUUAGUACAAACAAUUCAAAUCACUGACAAGUUUGGUUUUGAUAAACAAAAGGCCAAGAAUGUUACUGAAGAUACCGUAUACGUAAGAGAAACAGACGUUACAUGCGUGAAUGCGUCUGGAGCAAUGUUAGCGGCUGCUGCUUUUAUAGCAGCCCAACUAGUGGUGCUUGCAGCAUGGACAUGCAGUUGGCAGCGACGACGUGCAGCAGCUAAGGCUGCAGAGCUUCUUCCUGGACCAAAUGCGCCUUCAGCGCUUUGCAAAGUCUAUGACGCUAGUUUUUCGCGUACGCACCAGAGGCACUUU